AUGACGUUUCCAACCCGGGGAGACCUGUGCAACUGCAGCGCCCCGGGGAGCGCCGCCGGGGCCGAAUGCAACGGCACGACGGGGCAGUGCCCCUGCCUCGACGGCUACGCGGGGCUGCGGUGCGAGAGCUGCGCCGAGGGCUUUUACCCGGAGCCGAGGAGCCAGCAGUGCCGUCCCUGUGGUUGCAGUCCCACCGGCUCCCGCAGCCACCAGUGCGACCACUCUGGGAAAUGCCAGUGUAAAGUUGGUGUCACGGACCUGAAGUGUGACCGGUGCAGUGAUGGAUACUACAGGUUUAAUGACACCACCUGCGAGCCAUGCCAGUGCAACAACCGCUCCAAAACCUGCAACAGCUUGACAGGCACCUGCCUGCACUGCCAGGAAAACACCGAGGGAGACCACUGCGAGCUCUGCAAGGAGGGUUUCUACAGAAGCACCCCCCCUGCCAACGCCUGUCAGCGCUGCCCCUGCUCCACCGUGGCAUCGACUGGUACCUGCCACCUACAGCCUGGCGACACUGCCGUGAGGUGCGACAAAUGCAAAACUGGGUACACUGGCCCCAAUUGCAACGAGUGCGACGGUGGCUACUACAACUCCGACAGCAUCUGCGUAAGGUGCGAAUGCAACGGGAACGUGGACCCAGCACUGUCUCCCAGCGUGUGCCAGCCAGAGACCGGGGAGUGCAUCGGGUGCCUGUACCACACCGCUGGGUUUCACUGUGAGGAGUGUGAGGAUGGCUACGUCCGAGACCCCGAGGGGACCAACUGCACCAAGAAAGCCACUCGUGUCCCAGAAACAAGGGAAUUAACAACUUCUGCUCCAAAUGCCAGCAAGGCAACGUCAUUUUCAACGGCAGUGAUCAACUAUACAUUAUCCCCAACAACUAUACAGACUAUAUUUCCUAUAAGUUCCUCUGACAACAGCACGUCUGCAUUUGCAGAUGUUUCGUGGACUCAGUUUAACAUAAUUAUUUUGACAGUUAUCAUCAUUGUCGUGGUCCUACUGAUGGGCUUUGUGGGUGCCGUCUACAUGUACCGCGAGUAUCAAAACAGAAAACUCAACGCUCCUUUUUGGACCAUUGAACUCAAAGAGGACAACAUCAGCUUUAGCAGCUACCACGACAGCAUACCCAACGCCGAUGUCUCGGGGCUCUUGGAAGAUGAUGGGAAUGAAGUCGCACCGAACGGACAGCUGACGCUGACAACUCCCAUGCACAAUUAUAAAGCUUAGAAACGAUCCAGCUGUUCCAAAGUUGGCUUCUAACAGUGACGGGGCGUGUUGGAGGGGUAUCAGGAUCCGUGCCAAGGCUCCACGCAGAGGAAUUUGCUCUUC